AUGUUACUAAACAUCAUCAAUGGUGUGCUUAUGUUAUUUAUUUCGUGUCGAGAACCAAUUCAGUAUCCAUGUCAAUUAAAAAAUAAGUUAUUAAAAAGCUAUCUAGCUAAACGACAAUUUCAACGACCCAAAUCUUUAUUCACUACAUUAUUUGCAUCUGUAGCGUCAAAUGGACAACCAUAUCGUCGAAUUACUGGCAUGGCUGUACCAUUUCAAUAUUCUAUUGGUAAUAAUGAUUUGUCACCGCCGUCAUCAUCUAUACAUUAUAAGCCUGCAUAUGUAAGUGUAAGCUUACAUGAAGGCAGCGUUGAAGCGGACGACCCAAAAUUGAAGAAUGUGCACCAAACGGAAAUACUUGUAGAAUUAAAACAAUCAAUUCAGUUGAAAAAACUGCGUCACAGUUAUUCAGGAGAUCAAGGUUUGUUUUCUUAUCCUCAAAGUUGA